AUGCAUUACAUGUUCAUGAAGAUGCUCAAGCGUAGUGAGAAAAAAAACCAGCAAACAAAAUACUUCAAAAUUGUUGUCUAUUUUAGGAUUUCGGAUAACAUGAUGGAAUGGAAUCAAAACAAAAAGAAGAAAAACAUUUUCCUCAACCAAGUUGAUAAAUUAGAAGAAUUUGAGUUAUUCAAUGAGAAUGCAUUAGAAAUUAAAUAUCGAAUUAAUUAUGUACAUAUCUAA